AUGGCUGCUCCAAGAACAGGGGUCAAAUCCUUGAAAGAUUACUUGAAAAAGUAUGAAAGUAGUGACGUGUUAGAAAAGAAAAAGAAGAAGAAGAUUAAGAAGCCCUCCAAACCCGAACCCACUGGUGUUUUAGUUGUGGAUGAAGAUCCAGUUUGGCAGAAGCAGGUUGAUCCCCUAGAGGAAGAGAAUGAAAAUGAUUCAGCUGACGAAAGGCCUGUGGUUGAUGAGGACAUUGAAGUUAAGAGAAUGAGGAGGUUGGAGGAAAUCAAGGCAAGGCGUGCUCAGAAUGCCAUUGCUGAGGAUGGGAGUGGGUGG